AGGAGGCGAGAGGCCGGGGAGGAGAGGAGGGAGGCAGCUCGGCAGAGAGGGAAGGGACGGGACCCGGCGCCCCGCGGGCCAUGCGCCUCCUGGCCACGGCGCUGGCCGCCCUGCUGGCCACGGCCCCGGCCCCAGACGUUUGUGAGGCUUUAAAUGUGACAGUCUCUCCGGGACCAACAGUGCGAUACUCCGAGGGAGAUAAUGCUACCCUUUACUGCCACAUUUCUCAAAAGAGAAAGACAGACAAUUUGCUGGCUGUGCGGUGGGUCUUCGCUGCAUCACCGACCCAGGAGUAUCUGAUGAUCAAAAUGACAAAGUUUGGGUCUGUCCAGUAUUAUGGAAAUUAUACUCAUCAUUUCCACAAGCAAAGACUGCAUCUUCUUAAAGAGAAACAUGGAACUAUGUACAAAUUUCAUAUUCUAAGUCUCCAGCAAACAGAUCAAGGACAUUACAUAUGCAAAGUCCAGGAAAUUGGCAAACACAGGAAUAAGUGGACAGCAUGGUCAAAUGGCACAGCAGCUACUGAAAUAAGAGUGAUUUCAUCAAAAUCUUCUGAUGAUCCCAGUUUCAAGAAAAACCAUGAAGCUUGGAAGUUUUUUGAAGAUCUCUACGUGUAUGCGGUGUUUGUGUGUUCAAUAGGAAUCAUCAGCGUCCUCCUUUUUACACUUGUCAUUCUCUGUCAGUCACUUCUGAACAAGAGGAGAUCCACGGUGAAGCAUUACCUGGUGAAAUGUCCCCAGAACAGCUCAGGGGAGACAGUUACCAGUGUGACAAGCAUGUCCCCUCUACAGCCCAAGAGAAUAAAGAAAAAGAAGGAGAAAGAGAAAGUGGAGCAGCCCCCAGCCAUCCCAGCAAAAGCUCCAAUAGCCAAUAAUUUUACUAAGCCCAAGCUCUUGAAACCUCAAAGAAAAUUGAUCCUGCCAAAAAUUGCAGAGGAGAAUUUAACAUACGCUGAACUUGAACUUAUGAAGCCGAUUCAGGAAGCCAAAGGCAUUCCCAGUACGACAGUCUAUGCACAGAUACUCUUUGAGGAGAACAAGCUGUAAUAGUUCAUGCCUGUAUAAAUGUCCUUUGUCUGUGUUCUAUUUAAUUCUUGCUGUGCUGUUUAUUUAUAAAAAUCAUACAAAUGUUCUUAUUUUUUUAUUUCCAUUCAUGCACUUCUAUUUUUCUAUGAGACUUUUAAACAAAAUGUAGUUGAAAGUAAUCAUAGAAAAGCAGCUGGUCUACAAGUGACAUCCCAGAGACACCCUUUGCAGUGUUCGGCCCCCCUGUUUUAAAUGGACUGAAGUUCUACCUGGGGCAUUUUCAAUACUAAGUAUUAUUCCUUCUUUAACGCUAAUGUGACGAGUCCAGCUGCAAACAUCAUCAUCUGAGCAAGCCUCAGAAGGACUAGUAGCAGGAUCCCUGUACAUCAGCCUGCUUCUGAAGACAAAGACCACUGACCAGGAAAUUUGUCAAUUUAAUGUUUUUCCCAUCAGAAAAAUAUUAAUUCAGUAAAGCUGAGACUUUUUUCUAUAGCAAAGGAAAAGCUAAAAUUACUUUUUCUGCUAUCCAGAUAUAAUUAUCAAAAGAGUUGGUUUUCUGUGUUUUCAAAUUCCCUUUCUAAAUGACUUUGUAUUUAAUAACUCAUGUUACUUUUAGUAAAGUUCUUUGGUGCUUGAAAUCAAACACUUCAAAAUAAUCCAAAGGAAACAUUCAUAGUUAAAUACCAAUGAUUUGAGGAAGAAUAUUUAUAGCUUGGGAACAUUUUCCAGCAUUUGGUAUUUUUUAGAUUCUGAUUUGGAAUAGGAAAAAUUUUGAUAGCAAGUAAGACUUCGACACAACCAGGACACUGCUUUUGGCCUUGAUGUAGAUUGGUGCUCCCAAACUUGCAAAAGUUUCCUCCUGUGGCCUACGUUACUGAGCUGCUGAUCUAGAGGAAAAACUGUCACAGCUUCUCCUCUAGUACGGAGCAGACUCUGUUAACACACUGCUCGCUCACUUUGGAGUUCUUUCUUUGGAAAGACCAGGGCUCAGGAGAUGGGGAAAUGAGCCUAAAGUGAGAGCACAAAAUACUCAUCCUUUCGUCACCUCUUGAUAACUGAGAAGAGAUUCUUCUUUUUCCUUUGACACACAUUCAUGGAAAAUGGUCUAUUCUGUGGCAUCCUGGGCAUUUCAGUUGUAAAGGAUAGGCAGACUGGUGUUUUCAAACUCCUAAACCUUCAAUGCCCAAAUUCCACCAAAGGUCAGGGAGGGUUGGGUAUGCAACAUCUUUCAGCCCUUGAGAAGCUUUGCCCUUCAGUAACAUCAGAGUUAACGGAGACAUAAAAGCAUGGGCUCUUAGCUCACUCUCAGACCAUGAAGAACUGAUACUUCCCAUGUGCCAGGUCCUCUCCUGGUCUGGGAGGAAGUCCCUCAACAGGCCACACCUUCAGCAGUAUUUGGUGCUGAUUUUGGAGGAGCACUUGCAGGCCUUAGGUUUUGAAAUCCUAACCAAGGUGAUCCAAGUUGCUUCCUCCUUUAUAGGUCAGGCCUUUUUAGUGAUACAGCAGCUUCUCACCAGGGCUCAGAGCACAGCUGGGAACCAUCGCAGGAAUACUCAUGCCCUUAUUCCUGUCACUGCAUGGGAGCGCAGGAGAGGAGGGCAGGGUGACAAUGCAGGGAUGAGGACAUGCAACAAAGGAAGAGAGCACACCACUGCCUUUUGCAGGUUUUCACCAGAAUAAGUGAGUCUGCAUAAACUGCUUUUUAACUUUUUUUGAAGAGGAGUAGAGAUUAGGUAACAUACAUAAUCCAUUACUGUGUAGCCAGGAUGUGUAAAUGUAAAAUUCAGUCACUUGCUUCCAUGUUAGAUAUAUGUCUCUGGUAUAACAAAAGAAUUGAAGAAAAGCUUGUCAGGCUGGCCAUUAUGUACAGUACUAAUUCCAACUCUAGUCCCUCAUCAAGAUAGUUCUUUCCAAACAAAGUCCAACUUUUAUCAAUAGGUUUGCUAGUAAUUAUUUGCAUUUUUAAUGUUUGCAUUUGUGAGCUGUCAAGAAAGUGUUUGUUUCACCUUUUCAUUAUCCAAGGAGUUUAAUCACCCACCAAAAGGGCAUGGUAUCUAUCCUUAUUUUCUGAUUGGGUGAUGGAUUUUCAAUGACAACAGCAAUCAACUCAUUGACCAAAAAGAAAUUGGUGCUAAAGAGUCAUCAAACAUUCAGGGAUCAAUUUUGGAACAGCCAGAGUUUGACUGACUAUUCAGAGAGGACAACUCUCAUGCAGACAGCUGUAAGGAAGGCCUUAGAAAAGUAUAGAACUUAUUAGUGAUUCAUUUGGAAUUAAAAAUAGAACCCUAACACAUUAAUGAGUUGACCACUUAGGUGUGAAAACUUUCUAAAGUUUGGUAUAUAAACAUUCCUUUUACAUACAACAGGCCAUUGUGCCCAAUGUUCAGAAAAUCCUCUACUGUAUGUUUAUGUCCAGUAUUUUAAUGAAUAGCAUUCUUUGUGUAUCAAUAGUCUAUAUAGUCUUGUUUAUGUUUGAUAUCUAAUUCCCUAAAAUAAUAGUUAAUUAAGCUAAAUAAAUUACCUAUUUUGUUGAGAUUCAUUAUCUUAGUCUGUGUAGGAUUUAUUGCUUGCUAGAAAACGAUUCAAGGAUAUGUGUUUAUCUCAUACUCAGCAUUUAGACAAUCCGAAUAGGUAGGAAUUGAAUUUUUCAUUCUGAAGAAAAUUCCGUGAUUUUAAAAUGUUUUCCAUUUGUGACCAACUUCAGAUGACAGCAGAAUCCUGAAAGGCAACAGACCAGCUGAGUGAAAGGAGGCCAGAAAUACUACUUAGGAGAACACCCAUCUUCCUGAGUAGACGUUUCCUAUGCUUUUUCUUAUGCAGUGUCCACUCAGAUUUAAUAAAGUCAGAUCAUGUCAUUGGAGAAAGAAAAACAUCAUUCUUUACCUUCCAAUUAAUUGUACAUCUUUAAGUAUCAAAGCAACUCACUUGAAAGACUAUGGAGAAGAAAAUUUCACUGAGUAUAAUGUGCUUUAGUGGGAGAAAUGCAGAAUAAGUUGGAUUUAGCUCCUUCUAACAGGAACUGCCAGGCUGAAUUAGUCUCUGGCCUAACUCCCUCUAGCUUCAGCAGAACAGCAGCAGAGCUGAAUGUGGUCCACUGUUCUUUUACGGCAGGAGCUCCCAUGAAGACUCUUAAUAUCUUAUUAAGCAGCAGUUGGAGUCUGCUGAGUCAUACUAUUUCGGUUACUCCUCCUGUUGUCAUUGGUAAAACACAGCCUAGUGCUGAAAUUUUAACAAAUACAGCUCUAUUAGCUUCACACCAAUUUAGUAUCAGACUGUUAAAUGUUAAUGUACUGCACCCUAUAGCUUUAAAUAGAAUUAAGAGAUGUUUACAGCUUUGGCUAAAUGCACCUUGUUCCUCCACAUUA